GUAUAGACCAAGACGAGGGGAAAGGCGCGGAGACGAGAAGAAGAACCUGAUUCUAAAACCUGCUGAUCAAUCGCCUCCCGAGCCAGCCGCUCUCUGCCAACUGCGCGCCCCCGACACACACGCACACACACACGCGCGCGCGCUCUCUCGCUCUCUCUCUCUCUCUCUCUCUCACACACAUAACACGUGUGUGUGUGUGUGUGUGUGUGUGUGUGUGUGUGUGUGUGUGUGUGUGUGUGUGUGUGUGUUUUGGCUGACAAUUUCUAAUAUUAUCUCUCUCUCUCUCUCUCUCUCUCUCUCUCUCUCUCUCACUCUCUCACGGAUCAAAAUGGCUGCCAAGGGUUUCCCCGGUCUUGAUAGCUUUGAAGAUGACGACAUCAGCACCCAGCCCUGGAACUGGGGUCGCAUCAGCCGCGAGGAGGCUGUCAAGGAGCUUGCCGGCAAGCCCGAGGGUACCUUCCUUGUUCGUCUGAGCCAGACUCAGGACGACGCCUACUCCAUCUCUGUGGUCCAGGACGGCCAAGUCCGCCACAUUCGCGUCAUCUCCACUGAUGAAGGCUUUUGCAUCAACAAGGCGGAUGCGCCCUGCAGGACAAUCGCCGAGCUUAUUGCCGAGAAGCAAGGCGAGAAGAUCAAGAGCAAGCUUCAAGGCGAGAAUGCUAAGGAGACCGUGCUUCUCCGUGACCCCCUCCCCUAUCAGGAUGAUGACGACAUUGCCUUUGACGGCAAGGGCUUCAUCAAGAGCUAAAUGCUCUUGCCUCUCUUCCCACUGGCCGGUUUCCUUCUUCCCUCCUGUUGUUUUGGUCCGCAGCCCUUGCCCUGAUCCCAACCCCGUCAAAUACACCGCCUUCAUCUUUUAUGCUGUUGGUGCUUGCUUCUGCCUCCCCUCGUCCUUCCAAUGGCCCAUUGGGCCUUUCCCCUGGUUAUCGGGCCUCCCUUCCUCUUCCUCUGCUCUUCUGCCCACAUGUGGCCAAGUCCUUGGUGCUGUUGUCAAUAGAAUCUUGGUGUU